AGGGCAUGGACCAUUUAGAAAGAGACAGGAUAUAGAGAGAGAACCCUUAAUUCUUUGAAUAUAAUUGCUCAAGAGUAUAGCAUGUCAGGAUAUUCUGGCACUAGUAGCAAACUUGACGGUUCUUCGUCUCCUACACCCAAUGCAUGUACAGCUGCCAAUAAUGAGCGAGAAAAGGUGUCAAGGGGUUCAGUGGACGGAUCAAAUAAGGAACGGGUUGUACUUAAAGGAAAUAAGUUUAAUGUCCGUGACAAUAAUCAUACUGGUGGUAUCCAUACUUUGUCGAAAGGAAAAGCUUCAAGGCCUCCGCGAACUGGUGCUUUGAUGGCUGGAAACUCAUGUUCUGCUUCUCGAUCUUCUGAAUUACAUGAAACUGAGGAACAACCUUUAAAUGUGAACAAGCCUCAUUCAGUAAGUGGUACUGUAAAUCGCAAGCGUCCUUUGCCUGCAGGAUCAUCUUCAUCCCCUAUGGCCCAAUGGGUUGGGCAGAGACCCCAGAAAAUUACUCGUACUCGAAGAGCAAAUGUUAUGUCCCCCGUCUUAAAUUGUGAUGAAGUGCAUACAUCAUUAGAAGGUUCGUCCCCUUCUGAUGUUGGUACCAAAAUGUCUUCUACUAUUAGUGGAUUACAUACAUCCAAUGGUGCUAUCAACAGUGGCAUUCAACCAGGUAAAGUGAAACAUGAAAACAUGUCAUCCCCAAUCAGAUUAUCUGUAAGUCAAGAAUCUGGUGCUGGUGAAAAUAAUUUGAAGGUGAAAAGAAUGGAAAGUAAUGAAAUAGAUGAAAGUGCCGCAAAUCAUUCUUAUGUUACAAGUUCCUCAAUGUUAACAUCAAAAAAUAAAAAAAUAACGUACAAGGAAGAGCUUGGAGAUGAUAUGCGUAGACAGGGAAGGGGUGGUAGGGGCUCUUCAGUUUUGAAGAGUGGCAUCUUGCCAAUGAAAGAGAAGUUGGAGACUUCAACCUUGAUGAAGCCAAUUAAAAAUAUGAAGCCUGCUUCUGAAAAGAAUGGAAGUAAACCAGGGCGUCCUCCUUUGAAGAAAUCAUGUGAUAGGAAAGCUAUUAUUCGAACUGGGCAUCCAUUGACUAACAAUUCCCCUGAUAUAUCAGUGGAGGAUGAUGAUCGUGAGGAGCUAUUAACUGCUGCUAACUUUGCUAGCAAUGCCAGUUAUAUUGGCUGUUCUAGUUCAUUCUGGAAGAAUGUGGAACCUAUUUUUGCUCCUGUCAGCUUGGAAAACAUGUCCUACUUGAAGCACCUGGUUAAAACAACAGACGUUGAUCUCAGAUGUCUGUCUCAAACGCUAGGCCUUGAAAGUGAUGCACUGUCUCAGGAUAGACUUACACACACCGAAAAUCCUGUUUCACAAAGUCCUCUCUCUAGAGAAAGAGAUAGAAGCACUGUAAAUCAAACUGAUUCGAAAGAGAUAUCCUUAAUGGAUGACAUGGUUGAUCAACAUCUUGAUUUUAGUAUUUUGUGCAAACAAAUGGGUUCCGAAGGAAACAAAGUUGCACCAUUGUAUCAAAGAGUGCUGACAGCUCUGAUCAUUGAUGAUCAAAUUGAUGAAGACAUUGUUGGAGAUGGACAUAUGACUUUUCUGUGUGAAAGGGAUGGUUCUUCUCAGCUGCCUUGCUUCUUUCAGGGUGUUGAGAACCAAUCCAACAUCAAGAUGGAAUAUGUAUUCAACUCUGGCAAGGUUUCUUGUAAUGGGAAUGCUAUGCAUACUAGUUGUGCAAACAUCCCUAUAAAAGAACCUGGCGUUUCUUUGCAGAUUGAUCAGGGAUCAUUGUGUCCAGAAAUCGAAAGGCUGGCCAUAUUAUCUGAAGAUGGCAAUGAUGGGUCUUUGGGUAUGCACAUAAAUUCAUGCUCAUCAUCUUUCAGUUGCCAUUUUGAGCAAAUGAGCAUGGAGGAUAAACUCUUACUGGAGCUACAGAGUGUUGGCCUAUAUCCAGAACAAGUGCCUGAUCUUGCUGAUGGAGAUUGUGAAGCUAUUAAUCAAGAUAUUAUGCAAUUACAGAAGGGACUCUUCCAACAGGUCAAUAAAAAGAGAGAAUGCUUUAUGAAACUUAUUCAAGCAGUAGAACGAGGCAGAGAAAUGGAACAACGAGCCCUUGAGCAAGUUGCCAUGGACAAACUUGUCGAGCUGGCUUUUAAGAAAAAACUGGCAACCCGUGGAACUAGUGCUGCGAGAUACGGACUUUCUAAGGUCUCAAGGCCAGUUGCUCUGGCUUUUAUGAAGAGGACUCUUGCUAGAUGCCACAAAUUUGAGGAAACAGGGAGAAGUUGUUUUUUGGACCCUGUUUUUAAAGACGCCCUAGUUGCUGCUCCUUCUCAUGACAACAAUACUGGUCCAGCUAAUGCUGCAAACCUAUCACUUGGUCAAAAUUCUCAGCAAGAAUUCGCACCUUCAGGCUAUUUCCCUCGCAAGGAGCAGGAUGUGUCUGGAAAUCUAGACCAGCCCUCCGACCAGGACUUUGCUAGGACAGGACCAAUUGUAAACAGAGGGAAGAAAAAGGAACUACUGCUUGAUGAUGUUGGUGCUAGUCCUUCUCUAAGAUCUGCAUCAACUCCUGGUGGUGCAAAGGGAAAGAGGAGUGAGCGAGACAGGGACAAAGACUCUUCUGGAAAAAUUUCUGUAUCAAAAGGUGGUCGUUCUUCUACAAGUCAUACGAGGGGUGAGCGAAAAACGAAAGCAAAGUCUAAACCAAAGACAGCUCAAAUAUCUAGUUCUGGAAAUGGUACUCUUAGCAAGUUAAUGGAAAAUAAUAACUCUGAGCAUCAAUUAGCUUGUGGUUCUAAUGAACUUAUUUCCAGUCAUGGCAACAGAAAAAGUAAAACUGGGUCUGUACCUCACAAUGUGUCCACUGGAACUGAGGAACGCACGGACAUCACAAACCUGCAUGAAUUAGACUCCAUAGAACUAGGUGUAGGUAAUGAACUUACUGGACCUCAAGACCUGGAUUCUUGGCUGCUGAGCAUUGAUGACGAUUUGCAAGAUAAUGACGCUAUUGGCCUAGAGAUACCAAUGGAUGAUCUGUCUGAUUUGAACAUGAUUUUAUGAAGACGAAUGCAAGAUACUAUACAUUCCCAAUCCCAUGCAGUAUUUGGUAUUUAUGAACAAGGGUGCUGUUCGGUGGAAAGGUGCUCAUACAAUUCGUGCCUCUUAUGACGGGAACUUGUAAUUAUGCCCAUUCUUUUGUAUACUUAUUAUCUACAAAAUACAAACAUAGAAACCCAAAGAAAGGGUUAAAGAAAAAGAAAGAUCUAGUCAAUUGUUCAUAUGAUCUAGAGUUCUUUAGGUUGUAACUACUACAUUCUUCAACAAAAUUUUGGUCAUCCCUCUGUGCA